CCGAUACCCGUUAUAUAGAAGACGAUCAUAAAAGAUAUAAGUUAUUAAUAAAUCAAUAUGAAUUAUUUAUUUGUCUCAGUGUUUCUGAUUUUAUCAUGGAUUAAUGUAGUAGCAUGUGGAUAUGACAACCAACCACCGGUCCUUUGCAUUAAUUGGCUCCAGAGUUUUGCAGAGCAAAAAACGUUUAUUGAAGCGAGAGAUUUUUUGGGAACUUUUAUUGACGACAUUGAUGAAGGCAGUAUUGUAAAAAUAGAUGUCGUGUACGAAAAAGGCAAUUAUAGAAACUUAACUAUUACAAAGGAUCCUACAGAUGCCAAAUGGGAAGAAAACUUGCUUAGCAUUAGCAACGUGGGAACUGGAAAUAAAAUAUCCGCUGAAAGGUUGAACUCCAAUUUCAAACAAUGCUUUCAUAAAUUAUCCCGCAUAAUGCCAACACGAGCCAAGAUUAACGUCAUCUUGACUGACCCAAACGUUGAGAUUGUCGGUGCAUUUCGAGACGAGAAUGUUAAAACGUAUGUAGUAUUAACUGGAGAAGAAAGAAAAGACAAAGAACCCUGGCCAGCUUUUGCUACAGACGAGGAACAUGUUUUUUACCUUAAUGAAUCGAACAGAUUACGUGAGCUUCUGAACAAAGAUGCGCAAUUACUAUGUGGGAUUCACGAGUACAUGGAAAUGCAUUGCACGCCUUGUAGUGACGUUUGUCACACGGAUGGCCAUGAACCAUUGUGUGCCACACAGUACAAAUUUGUGUGCAAAUAUUAUCUCCAGCAUCUAUACGAGGUUGCCAAAACCGAGGCAACAGCCAACCACGAUGCGACGCGUGGGACAACACCAGCAAGACAAAAUGUUAUUAACGAUGCAAAGCAACCAAGAUAUGAUAAAGUUGAACUGACCGCUGUAAUAUUGCCGAUAGUAAUUGGUAUCGUUGCUGUUAUUGCUGUUGUUGCAGGAGUUUAUUGGAGAAAGUGCAGAAACGCAACUCAUCGUGGAGAUGCUCAACACGACAGGCCACCUUCUGUCGUGUCAUCAACUUCUCGAAAUCAAAGCUACUUGUCGGUGGCCACUACCGAUGAAACUCCGUCCCGUGUAGGAGAUUCAACUCCGUCCAUUGUUUUGCCGCCAACUCCGCCAUAUAGGUCUCCUACCACUUCUAAGAAAACUCCACCCAGACGACCACCACCACCGUCCGAUAGAUCUUCAAUUUCGUCCAAUAUUACUUCCCCAAAUCCGCCUCAGAGACCUACAUCUUCGACUUUUGGGUCUACAACUGGAAUUCCAGUGGUUCAAGAUGAUGAUGCCACUAACGAGGAAGAAAACAUCAUGCUUCCACUAAAGCAUGUCCUAAAAGAGGCAGAUGUAUGGGGAGCCAGAGAUUAUCAGCCCGUAUCUGAUACACACGCAGGUGUGACACCAGUGCAGUAAUAUAGUUAUUGCUUUGGAGACAAGUUUGACCAUGAAACUGUGAGAGAAGAUAAUAUCUUGAGAUGAUGACAAAGUUGGAUGUUGUGGUCGAGAGGUAUCAAAAGAAGUUAACUGUUCUAUCACAAUAAAAAAAAGUAACCGAAACACUAUCAACUUACAUAAUGUGAAAAAGUGUCAUAAGAUAAGUACUGUUAAGGAAUUAGUACGAACUAUUGAGGGAAUUUAACAUUGAGACUUAAUAAUCAUCAAACUAAAAGCAGACCUUGAAAAUUCCAAAACAUACAAUGAUACAUUUCGAGGGCAAAGAGAAAGUACACAUAAGCACUUUCAAAUAAACCUUUUCCGGAUGUUCGAUACAAGAUACAAGACAUUUUAAUCAAAUAACAGUAGCUCUAUGAUCUAUUGGCGGGUUAAUGAGAAAUUGUAUUGUUAAUCAAAAUUAGAACCCAGUUAUUUUUAUAUAAUAUAAUGAUAAUAUUAUAUUAUAUUGUUGUAUAAAUGUAUGUUUAAUUUUACUCCUAAAAUGUAUUUUUAACAGGGUCCGUGUUAAAUUACGUUUUUAGUCAAAAAUUAAACCGGUAUUUUUUCAUUUUAAUGUACAAUUUAUACAAAAAAGCAAUGAUUAAAAAAACUAACAAUAUAACUUGUUAAUACAAUGUAUAACAAUUAUUUACAAAUUUUAUGUCCAUAAUGACUGCAUCAAAUAAUUUUGAAAUGUAAGAAUUCGCUUUCCUAAGUCUGAGUUUAAAACUCACCUCAAGACGUUGGAGAAUAUGGGCCCUGUUUUAUUAACUACAAUACAAAACAAUAGUUAUUUAUUUUUUAUAAUACACAAGGCCACCGGCCCAAAAUACAAAUCUAUAAUGUUCAAAGAGUGAUGUAUAUUUUUUGUAAUGCAUGCACUAUAAAUACACUUACAUAUAUCAUGCUCUGUAAGUUUUUAAACAGGAACAAUAAUAUAUAUAAUUAUAUAUAUUUAAUUUCGUUUAAGUAAGUCUCUCUUAAUUCAAAUGAUAAUUUUCAAGUACUUCGACAAUGUAUGUAUACAAUGAGUUCGUUCAUCUGUCAACAACUGUACACAUUUUGUUUCACUGUUAACAAUUCUGUCCAUGUUAAGAAGAUAAAUAGUCUGUAAUUCCUCGUAUAGUGGGCAAUCUGUAAGAAAAUGAAUCUCAUUUCAACAACAUGUACGUUUCUCUUAAGGCAAAAUGUGCACAAUCUGAAGUCUCCUUCAAUAUUUAAAUGUCACCCUUAUUCAAUAUUUAAUGCAUGACUUGAACAUCUUAAGUUUGAUAAUAUUCUAUUAUACUGAAACCCUGUAAAGUGGACGACUGCCAAUAUUAUUCUGAAUAGAAAUCAUGAGAAAUACAAAUCUAAUAUGUCAAUGACUGGAUCAUAAUUUGAGGCGUUUUAGAUUGUCAGUUUAUAAAUUUUGCCUGUAUGUGAUAUGGAUGGCGUUGAUAAUGGCUGAAUCUGUAUUUUGACAUCCUGUUUUUACAUGCGAUGUUUUGUCUCACGAUAAUGUCUAUUUUUGCAUCAUUACUUUCUUGCCCAUAGUCUUCAAAAAUGGUUUGUUGCAGUCUGUUUUACAUUUUUUUACAAAAAAAGAGUGUUCAAUAUAAAAAUAGGUCACUUAGAAUACUUGUAUCGUUCUAUUGCGUGUAUGUAAAAUAGUUUAUAAGUUUAACAUUAGCAUUUGAAGUCGUAAUAUUAAAUUUAAUUUACCAAAAAUCAACAACACUAUACAUCCGUGUAAAACAAUUCCUGAAUUAUAACUAGAUCCAAUUUAGUUUGUUAAGUAAAAAUAGGGAUACGCACAAAGGCGGCUCUAGAUUUUUAAAAUACGUCCCUCCCUAUGAACCGAUACAAAUAUGUUUAAAGUGUUAGCAGGGGGGUUGGAAGGUUGGGGUACUCCACAAAGAAUCGUCCAUUUGGGCGUAUUUUAUUAAUUAAUCUGUUUUAUUGAAA